UGUCCAUCUAUGUUUAAGCCAACCCAAAUAAAUGUCUACUGAAUAUCAGCCCAUAAAACCUAAUACCAAAAUAAUUUUGUAAAUUGUCAGUUUGUCACCAAUCAAUACGACGAAGCUUCGAACAAGCGGACAUUGAUCGUAGAUCACCGGAAAAUCAAACUCGAAUUGGGAUUUUUUUGAGAAUUUUUCCGGGGAUUUAGUUUGAUUGAAUCCUCUCUCUGCGACCGAAGUCAGAGCAAAAGAGAGAAGUUUUGAGUGCAGAGAUUAAAGAUGGGGUUUUUCGUUACAUCCCUGAUUUUCCUGGUGAUUGGGAUUAUUGCUUGUCUUUGUACCAGAAUUUGCUUCAAUCGGGGCCCUUCCACCAAUCUGUUCCACUUAACUUUGGUUAUUACAGCAACAGUUUGCUGUUGGAUGAUGUGGGCAAUUGUAUAUCUUGCGCAGAUGAAGCCUCUCAUUAACCCUAUACUGAAUGAAGCGGAGUGAAAAUUAGAAAGAAUGCUUCUCUAGAUAUCAAAUCUUACCAUUUUGCAGAUUUUUCUGAGGAACUCAUUCAGAGCCAUAUUCAUGGCAGCGAUUUCUCUCAUGUGGAUUUGUAUGUAAUUCUAUUAUGGCAGAGAAUAACAUAUUCCUUAUUUUUUUUUGUUUUAAAUCUUCCCUUGUAUUUUAUGCACCAAUCUACUUGUUCGAAUGGAUGAUCUUCUUUGUGGAUGAAAUAAUAAUGAAUUGGUGGAACACAACAAUACAAUUCCAUUUUCGGUUAUGAAUCGAUGAACCUACAAUUCCA